UUUUGAAAAUGGCCGCCCCAUAACAGAGAUGUUGCAUUUAGCGAAGAAGGUCUGUAAUAGCUGUGCCCAAGUAUCCAUUUACUCCUGGUACAAACAAUUCCAACAACCAUGGCUUCCAUCACUAUGGACUGUGCACAAAGUCUGGGACGAGUUUCCUUGUGAAUCGAGGAACAAACAUCGAGUUUCUGUGAAUCGUGUACAAAACAUUUCAGAUUUUUUGUAUCGACUGGCGUAGAUGUGAAGUUUUGAAUGAGGUUGGUGAUGGAUCCGCUUGGCACGGCAGCCGAGGUAGUGGAAUUGGAAUCGCUGAAACGAUGGAGUCAGACCCCACCAGUGCAUCACCUGACAGACUACAGUGCCAUAGGAGAGGAACAGAAGCAUAUAACCAGUCCCUUUCCAUUCGACCCUUCGAUCAAUGACAAAAUAGCGCUGUGGUCAGGAGAUAUUUCUCUUCUGUCUGUGGAUGCCAUUGUAAACUCCACCAAUGAAUCUAUGACAGAAAGGAGUUCGAUAAGCGAUAGGAUAUAUUCCAGAGCUGGACCAGCACUCAAAGAGGAGGUACGCCAAGACGUGAAGGAAUGUCGGACUGGAGAAGUACGAGUAACCCAGGGCCAUAAUCUGCCAGCACGAUAUGUGAUCCAUACUGUUGGCCCAAAGUACAACAUAAAAUACCAAACAGCAGCAGAGAAUACCUUACAUUCCUGUUAUAGGAAUGUUCUUCAGAAGGCUUGUGAGCUGAAUUUACCUGCAGUUGCCGUGUGCGUCAUCAACUCAGUUCGGAGGAACUUCCCUCCAGAUGAAGGUGCACACAUAGCAUUGCGCACGGUGAGGAGGUUCCUGGAACAGCACAGAAAUUCUUUAGAUGUUGUGAUAUUUGCGGUGGAUAACAUCGAUGUAGGGAUUUAUGAAGUAUUGCUCCCCUUGUACUUUCCACGAUCGUUACAAGAGGAAGAAACAGCUUUAUGGCAGUUACCUGCCAAUGUAGGAGGUCCUGAUGGUGAACCUAUACUCCCAGAUAGACAAAUUCGCAUCAUUGAUAACCCUCAGCAUUCAUUAGAUGGUGAGGAAUCAAUUGACCUCUCUUUGCAACUUGAAACUUCAGUAACUGUUGGGGAACACGCCUUCAGCCAGAUGCAGGGUGACUUGGACCAACAGAGGCUCCUCGGGGAGCGACCGCAGACUGAUCCUAUAAGUGAACUGAUGAUUAAGGAGAUGCAGAACAAGGAAAGAUAUGAACGUCUGCUUCGCCGUGCCAAAACUGAAGAUUUGUCAGAAGUAUCUGGCAUUGGGUGCCUCUACCAGAGUGGAUAUGAUCGAUUUGGAAGACCUGUGAUAGUGUUUGUUGGGAAGUGGUUUCCGUUCAGGGAAAUUAGUCUUGACAAGGCGUUGUUAUAUUUAAUCUACUUGCUGGAUCCUUUGGUGAAGAGUGACUAUGUAAUAACUUACUUCCACACCUUAACAACUAAUGCAAAUCAUCCAUCCUUCACAUGGCUGCGAGAAGUAUAUAAUAUUCUGCCAUACAAAUAUAAGAAGAAUCUCAAAGCCUUUUAUAUCAUUCAUCCUACAUUUUGGACAAAGAUGAUGACAUGGUGGUUCACUACAUUCAUGGCACCAGCUAUAAAACAUAAAGUGCACAGCUUGCCCGGAGUUGAAUACCUGUAUAGUGUAAUGUCUCCUGAUCAGCUGGAGAUUCCAGCUUACAUUACUGAGUACGACAUGUCGAUGAAUGGCUUGCGCUACUUUCAACCAGAAUCUCCUACUUAAGUUGAGUGAGUUCUUGUACCAUAUGGUUCUAAAUGCAUUUGUUUGUGUUAUGUAACAGUGAAUCUGACUGAAGAGACAUACAAUAUAUGCGUAAAUGUAGGUAGAUAUGCAAAGAUCUAUAGUAAAAAGAAAGAAUUUGUGUGCAAAAGUAAUAAUAUUGAGAGCUUUAUUCACAUAGUGACUUAGGGGUAAAUGGAGUGCAGCAUGGGAAAUAAUCUUAAUACCUGCUUGAUGUUAAAAAGAUUUUAUGCAUAACGUCAGUAAUGCAACGUCAUUAGUUUAACAGAUGUUUGACUCAAGCUGAGCUAACAAGUUUGUAAACAAGUAAUGUAACAGCAGCUUGUCUGGUAUAUUCGUAAUUUACACUAGUUGUAGAGUAUGACAAAAUGUUACAUUACAAACGAAAAGUUAUUUGUUAGCAAAAUACUGCCAUGACUAGUUUGAAGAAAUAUUUGAAAGUUAUAAAUUUACAGUAAGUUCUUGUUGAUUUAUUGGAGAAGUUAUAUUACAUAGUUUAUAAUUAAAUACUAACUCUUAUUAAUAGGGGCUGCAAAAUGUGAUAUGCUAAGAGAAAUUAUUAAUAUUAUGUCCUGAUACCUCCUUGGUAUAGUUGUAAAUGUAUAUAAUCCUGUUAUGGUUAUUAUUUUUUGCAUAAUCUUCUAAAUGUUGAAGAUACCUAAUCUUAAGUAUGAUUUCUGCACUACUUAAAUAUAUAUUAUUAUUCUGCAAGUAAAUGUUUGAAGAAAUUGCAUUUAAUGUAAUUAAGUGCCGUUUCUUUAAUGGUCGUUUUCAGACAUCUGGACACUGAUAGAAUUGAAAUGUUGUGUAAACUUAAGAGACUUAUG